CUUUACAUUUACAACCAGCCACAAACCCAAGGGAGGCAACAAUGGGUGCGUUUUAGCUUUAUUUUUAAUUUUAAAAUAUAAUAUUGUAUCGUUUUUAUCCCAGAAAGACCGAUAUUUUCUUUUGUCAACAAAUACGUGAACAAAAAAGCGCCACACGCUGAAAAACUCUUACUUUCACUUUCGGUCUGAGUGAACUGUGAGUGCUGCUCUGUCUGUCGCGACAACAACAGUGAAGAAAUAAAGUGAACAAAGAGCGGAAAAUGAGGGAGAUUUACUGCUUAUUCCUCCUCUUACAGCUUCCACAGCGGUCUGAUGGUGCUGUUCAUUCCAUCAGUGGCUUUUUCAUCGGCUCUCAAGGCCUCGAUCUGCCCGAUUACAUGGAGAGAAUUGCUGUGGACGAUGUAACCAUGUAUUAUUACGACAGCAGUAUGAAUACAGAGGUGCCCUGUCCUGAAUGGCUCAACACUACAGAGGGUCAGCAGCACUGGAAAGAUAUUAAUCUCAUAUCGCACCACAACAAGCACACCAUGACUACAGCUUUACAAUCAGCCAUACAGCAGUUCAACCUGACAGCCACUUCUUCAGAUGUUAACAUUUACCAAGGCUUCAGUCGCUGUGACCUCUAUCCAGAUGGGACCCUCAAAGCAAUGUUAACACACGCAUUCAACGGGAAAGACUUUAUAACUUUGGAUAUUGACAGUAAGACAUACACAGCUUCUGUUCCUCAAGCCAUUGUAUACAAAAGGCAGAGGGAAGCAAAUCCAGUCUUGCUUGAAAUCACGGUUGCUUUCUACAAAAGGACCUGUUUUGAACGUCUGAAGAUGUUCCUACAGCACGCUCCCAGAGUCAAUAUGAAGAAAGUUCCAGAAGUCAGUCUUUUCGAGAGGACCAAGGCUGGCUCUAAGGUCCUCACGUGUCAUGUGACUGGGUUCUACCCCAGAGACGUGCAGGUUGAGUGGGUCGGAGCAGGUCUACAGUUUGUGGAUGAAGAGAUGGUUGAUGUGCUUCCUAAUGGAGACGGUACUUAUCAGACCAGAAGGAGUGUGAUUAGACCUGAGGAGAACCCAGAGGAACACAAAUACAGCUGCGUAGUGCAUCACAGCAGUGUAGCAGGAGACAUCACCAAAACCUGGGUUACAGAUGAACACUCUAGACUGGCUGUUUGGAUUUCUCUCAUCUGCGUUUUCUUGGCCAUCAUUGGAGCCGGGCUUCUACUCAGAAGGUUCUGUAAAAAUAAAGGUGCUGGGAUUUGAACUUUUAUUUGAAGAUGAAGCAGUUCACACUCUUAAGGGCUCCUACUUUCGGUUCCAGUUCUCUCGCUCUCGUUAGUAAGUUGAUUAUUUCUCCAGAAGGACUGAAAUGUUUGGUAAAACAUCAUGCAGGUGUGGAAGUUUACAUUCCGGCUCAGCUGUCUGCUCGCCUUGUUCUCAAGAUACCUCAUGCUCAGUCUGAGCCACCAGCAGCGGUGUUACCAGGUCCUCACGUGUCCUACAGAAUCAGCGGCUUGUGUUCAGUUUAGGCUGCACAAUGUAUUGUUUGUUAAUCGGUACAGUGAUUUCACAAUAGUGAUACUGCAGAAUUCUGCAAUAUGCAAAUGAGACCCCUCCCCGGUCACUGAAUGUUCACCAUCCACAGAUGUGUUUUUAAUAUACUCGUAUGCAAAAGUUUCUGCACCCCGGGUCAAAUUCCGUGUUGUUGAUUGAAGUGAAAAUAAGUAACACAUCCUCUACAGAGACACACUUAGAUGCAUAUCAAUGCACAUUUUUACUGUUUUUUGCCAUA